CAAGCUUCUCCUUUUCUGUCCUUCCAGUGCUUGGUGGCUUUCUUGAAGUGGCUCAGUGGGAUGUGCAGCCCCGCAGUUCCUGCUCCCUCCAGCUAUGACUCACAGAGUCCUUCUGUUAACAGCCUUGGUCUUACUAUGUGAUGGGUUCAACCUGGAGACUGAAAAAGCAGCAAUCUUCCAAGAGAAUGCAAGGAGUUUUGGGCACAGUGUGGUCCAGCUUGAGGGAUCCCGGUUUAUUGUUGGAGCCCCCCAGGAGAAAAAGGCUGCCAACCAAACAGGUGGCCUCUACCAGUGUGACUACAGCACGGGCAAGUGUGAGUCCAUCCGCCUGCAGGUCCCCCUGGAGGCGGUGAAUAUGUCUCUGGGCCUGUCUCUGGCAUUUGCCACGAACCCUUUCCAACUGCUGGCCUGUGGCCCCACCGUGCACCAAACUUGUAAGGAGAACACCUAUGUGAAUGGCUUAUGCUUCCUGUUUGGAUCCAAUCUAUGGCAGCAGCCCCAGACUUUUCCAACAAAGCUCAGAGAGUGCCCUCGACAAGACAGUGAUAUUGCCUUCUUGAUUGAUGGCUCUGGUAGCAUCAUCCCGAGUGACUUUCAGCGGAUGAAGGCCUUUGUCUCAACUGUGAUGGAUCUAUUCAAGAAGUCCAAAACCUUGUUUUCUUUGAUGCAGUUCUCUGAAGACUUCCAGCUUCAUUUCACCUUCAAUCAGUUCAAGAAAAACCCUGACCCAGAAUUUCUGGUGAAGCCAAUAAGACAGCUAUAUGGGAGGACAUACACUGCCACAGGAAUCCGCAAAGUAGUAAGAGAACUGUUUCACAGUAGCAGAGGCGCCCGGGAGAAUGUCUUUAAGAUCCUAGUUGUCAUCACAGAUGGAGAAAAGUUUGAUGAUCCCUUGGAUUACAAGGAUGUCAUCCCUGAAGCAGACAGAGAGGGGAUCAUUCGCUAUGUCAUUGGGGUGGGAGAUGCUUUCAAUAUUCCAAAAAAUCGUGAAGAGCUUAAUAUCAUUGCAUCCAAGCCUUCUCGUGAUCAUGUGUUCCGGGUGAAUAACUUUGAAGCUCUGAAGACCAUUCAAAACCAGCUUCAGGAAAAGAUAUUUGCAAUUGAGGGUACUCAGACAGGGAGUGCCAGCUCCUUUGAGCAUGAGAUGUCUCAGGAAGGCUUCAGUGCUGCCAUCACCUCUAAUGGUCUCUUGCUAGGUGCUGUGGGAAGCUUUGACUGGGCUGGUGGAGCCUUUCUUCAUGUGUCAAAGGAUAAAUUUACCUUCAUCAACACAACCAGGGUAGAUUCAGACAUGAAUGAUGCUUACUUGGGUUAUGCUGCUGAAGUCAUCUUGAGGAACAGGGUACAAAACCUGGUUCUUGGUGCACCUCGAUAUCAGCACACUGGCCUGGUGGUGAUGUUCAGAAAGAGUGCUGGUACCUGGGAGAACAGUGCUAUUAUCAAGGGCAGCCAGAUUGGCUCCUACUUUGGGUCCUCCCUCUGCUCUAUGGAUAUUGACAAAGAUGGCAACUCGGACCUGGUCCUCAUCGGGGCCCCCCAUUACUAUGAGCAGACAAGGGGAGGCCAGGUGUCUGUGUGCCCUUUGCCUCGGGGGAGGGCUAAGUGGCAGUGUGGGGCUAUUCUCCAUGGGGAGCUGGGCCAUCCCUGGGGCCGCUUUGGGGCAGCCAUGACAGUGCUGGGGGAUGUGAAUGGGGACAAGCUGACAGACGUGGCCAUCGGGGCCCCAGGAGAGCAGGAGAACGAAGGUGCUGUCUACCUAUUUCAUGGAACCUCAGGACUGGGCAUCAGCCUGUCCCACAGCCAGAGGAUUCAAGGCUCCCAGGUCUCCCCCAGGCUCCAGUAUUUUGGUCAGUCACUAAGUGGGGGCCAGGACCUCACAAUGGAUGGACUGGUAGACCUGGCUAUAGGGGCCCAAGGCCAUGUGAUGCUGCUCAGAUCCCAGCCUGUGCUGCGUCUUGAGGUGACCAUGGAGUUCACACCCAAGGAAGUGGCAAGAAAUGUGUUUGAGUGUCAUGAAAAGGUGGAGAAAGGCCAGACUGCUGGAGAGGUCAGAGUUUGCCUCCAUGUUCGCAAGAACACACGAGACCGACUAAGAGUAGGAGAGAUCCAGAGCAUCGUUACAUACGACCUGGCUCUGGACCCAAGUCUCCCACAUCCCCGAGUUGUCUUUGAUGAGACAAAGAACAGCACACGCAGACAGACAAGGAUCUUGAUGCUGAAUCAAGAAUGUGAAACCCUAAAGCUACUGUUAGUGUAUUGUGUACAGGACUCAGUGACCCCCAUCAUCCUGCACUUCAACUUCUCUCUGGUGGGGAAGCCUUUGCCCUCAUUCAAGAACCUCCAGCCAUUGCUGGCUGUGGAUGCUCAGAGACACUUCACAGCUUUGUUUCCCUUUGAGCAGAAUUGUGGCAGUGACGGCAUCUGCCAUGAUGACCUCAGCAUCACCUUCACUUUUAUGGGCCUGGACACCCUGGUGGUGGGUGGUCUCCGAGACUUCAACGUGACACUGACUGUGAGAAACCAGGGUGAGGACUCCUACAGAACUCAGGUCACCAUCUUCUACCCGCCUGGCUUGUCCUAUCGGAGGGUGUCAGUGGCCCAGAAGCAGCUCUCAUGGCGACGUUGGCGCCUGAUUUGUGAGUCUGAUGACUCCACCAAUGGGCCUGAGGGCUUGAAGAACAGCAGCUGCAGCAUAAACCACCCCAUCUUCCCAAACUCCUCAGAGGUCACUUUUACUAUCACAUUUGGUGUGGAAUCUGAUGCUUCCUUUGGAAACAGACUACUCCUCAAGGCCAAUGUGACCAGUGAGAACAACACGACUAGGACCAACAAAACUGAAUUCCAGCUGGAGCUGCCUGUGAAAUACACUGUCUUCGUGGUAGUCACCAGCCAUGAGGUCUCCACUAAAUAUCUCAACUUCAUAGCUGCAGAGAAGACCAGCCACAUUAUAGAGCAUAAGUAUGAGUUCAACAAUUUGGGGCAAAGGAGCCUCCCCAUCAGCGUGGUCUUCUGGGUGCCUACCACACUGAACCAGGUCACUGUGUGGGACAACCCCCAAGUCACCUUCUCCAAGAACCUUUCCAGCACUUGCCACAGCAAGGAGUGGGAACCCCGUCUCUCUGAUUUCCUGGUGGAGCUUAAGAAGACUCCAGUUGUGAACUGUUCCAUCGCUGUCUGCCAGAGAAUCCAGUGUGACAUCCUGACCUUUGGCAUUCAGGAAAAAGUCAAUAUCACCCUCCAAGGCAACCUCUCAUUUGACUGGUAUAUCAAGACUUCAACAAACUAUCUUCAGGUUGUAAGCACAGCAGAGGUCUUGUUUAAUGAUUCGAAGUUUGCCAUGCUUCCAGGACAGGAGGCAUUUCUGAGGGCCCAGACAGAAACCAAAGUGGAGCCAACUGAAGUGCACAACCCUUUACCACUUAUAGUGGGCAGUUCAGUGGGGGGGUUCGUGCUUCUGGCCCUCAUCACUGCUGGACUGUACAAGCUCGGCUUCUUCAAACGGCAGUACAAGGACAUGAUGAGUGAAGCUGGUCCCAGUGCUGCCCAGCCCCAGUAGCAGCUCCUUCCCCCUCGAGUGGCCUCUCCUGCAGGAAAAGUGAUGGCAGCUUCUGUGGGUGAACAUAAAGGGAAAUGCAACAGAUUCUGAUCCUGCUAAAGGAAGAGAGACCUCCUUUCAUGGGCAAGGACAUAGACCUGCGGGAGCCUGUGCAGUUGGGUGGAGACCACACUGGAAGAAUCAUGGUGGAGUCAGGAUCUGGUCAGCCACCAGGAGCCUGUCCACCCAUUCCACACUUGAGCUAUAUAAGGUCCAAGGAGCAGUGGUGCACCUCCCUUUAUCUAUGCAUUUACUUACUAUUUUAAUGUUAUUUUUAUUUUUUGGAUAGAUAAACCCAUCAGUUACAAAAAUCAAAAGAUGUGCAAGCAUUUGUGGUGAAGUCCCUUCAUUCUGGUCCCCACAGCCAUUCAGGUCCCUCCUAAGGGGCUGUCAAGGUUGUGUGUAUUUUGGGGUCUCCUUCACAAAGAUUCUAGGCAUAUGCAAACACAUACACAAAUACAAGCUUUUUACACAAAUUAUAACAUGUUACUUAUACUGUUCUGCAUCUUGCUUUAUUCAUUAAUAUAGCUCAGAUGUUUUAUAUCGAUACAUAAAGCAUUUUUUCAUUCUUUUAUACAGCUGCAUAGUGUCCCUUUGUGUGGGUGGGUCAUAAUGUAUUUAACUGGUUUCCUUUUGAUAUUCCCAACCUCUAGCAAAUAAAAACAAUGAUGAAUUAAUAAAUUGAA